AUGGCCAGUAUGGACCACAUCGAUGCAGCUCGUGUUCGCUUGCAUUACCUCUUCAACGCCUCAUUCGAGAAGCUCGACGACGCUCUCUCGAAUGCGAGUACCACAGUAUCUCACAAAGCCCAUUGCUAUCGUGUUGAUAUACACCUUCUCAGUGUAUUAUCCAUCAUUGGCACAAACGAAGGACCCGCUGUCAACAACUUCGUCGAGGUCCAUGUGCCUCUCCCAUCACAACGUGGCGACACAUUCAUCAAGGACGAGAUUUAA